AUGAAUAACAUAAAAAGUAAGUAUUUAUAUUUAUUUAUUUUAUUGUAAAAAAUUGAAUGUAACAAACAAAACAUAUUUAUACAAAAUACUUUUAACAUCUUUGAAAAUUAUUUAACUUUUUUUAAGAAUUUUAAAAUAAGAAAUAUUUUAGUCUUUAAAAGCAACAUAAGAAUAAUUUAGCUGUUAUUAUUUCAAUCAUCACCUGUAACCUAUUAUAGAGCUACUUUCAUUUCUUAAAUAUUUUUCUCAAGAGCCCUUUCCAUUGCCUCAGCUAAAAUGUCAGGUUCUGUCUUCGUGAAAAGUGUUUCGUAUUAUUUCUCAAAGUACGUGGUUUUGUGUUCAAACAACCAAAGAGUAUACCAUCUUGUUUCUCUUUUCACUUUUUUCACGAAGUAUUCCUUAUAAUAUUUAGAAUCUUCUUUUAUUUAUUGUUUAAGAUUUUCGACUUCAUUCUUGAGAUUAUUCAUAAGAGGUUCAAUAGAGAAGAAAUCUAAACCCAUGAGGCAUUUAUGCAAUUCCUUUUUAACUUCAGUAAACUAUUAAUCACUGACAGGAGUUCCAUACUGUUCUUAACCUUUUACUAUUUUCUUAUAAGGGCAUCUGUAAUCAAUAACUCCGCCUUUUAUCUAAUAUUUUACUGCAAGCUUUUUCAGGCAUUCAAUAGCAGUUUCAAGAUCAUCAUCAUCUAGUUUGUUCCCUUUUGUUGCUAUUAUUACUGAGGAUUUAAAUAUGUCUUUUCCUAGAGCAGCUUACAUAUAGAUGAGACUUCUCUCUAUUUAAAGUAUUGGUGAAGCAUCUAAACCCUAAACGAAGUAAAAUGUAUGA